AAAACCGCGGUUUUCUUUUCGUUUCCCAACUUGCAAGUUAUCAGAAGAAAGAAGAAGAGAACCAACUCUCUCCAGACUCACUCCAGCUAACAACAAGUGAAGAAGGAGAAGGAGAGAUGUUCCGCAACCAGUAUGACACGGACGUGACGACGUGGAGCCCUGCUGGCCGUCUGUUCCAGGUGGAAUAUGCGAUGGAGGCUGUGAAACAAGGGUCAGCAGCGAUCGGUCUCCGAUCGAAGAGCCACGUCGUCCUUGCCAGCGUCAACAAAGCCAAUUCCGAGCUCUCAUCCCACCAGAAGAAGAUUUUCAAGGUGGAUGAUCACAUCGGCGUUGCCAUCGCCGGCCUCACUGCCGACGGUCGUGUUCUCUCCCGUUACCUUAGAUCCGAGUGCAUCAACUACAGCUUCGUCUAUGAAUCUCCCCUCCCCGUCGGCCGACUCGUUGUUCAGCUCUCCGACAAGGCCCAGGUCUGCACACAGCGAUCAUGGAAAAGGCCUUAUGGUGUGGGUCUGCUGGUUGCGGGUUUAGAUGAAUCUGGGGCUCACCUUUAUUAUAAUUGCCCAAGUGGGAACUACUUUGAAUACCAGGCAUUUGCCAUCGGAUCACGUUCCCAAGCUGCAAAAACUUACUUGGAACGCAAGUUUGAUAAAUUUGCCAACUUUUCUAGUGAAGAACUUGUUAAAGAUGCACUUUUUGCCAUCAAAGAAACACUACAAGGAGAAAAGCUGACCAGCUCUAUCUGCACCAUCGCCGUUGUCGGGAUCAAUGAGCCCUUUCACAUAAUUGAUCAGCAAACCUUACAGCAGUUGAUCGAGUCACUAGAGAUAAGGGAUGAAGUGGCCGAACAGAGUGCCGACAUGCAGGAGGACGAUAGGAGUCCAGCAGUGGCUCCAAUGGAAACUUGAUCUGAGAAGUGUUUCCAGGCUGAUGCUCACAAGGGUACCAUUUUCAGCGGAAACAAGGUACAGGAAACUGGCAUUCUUGAUAGAUAUUUGGUUCCAUAUUCCGUUGGCAAUUCAGUCUUCUCAAUGUGUUUCACAGCAUCUAGCCAUGGUUUAAGUCUUUUUUAUACUCGUGAACUGGGGAACUUUGUCAUUUUCAUUAUUGAUUAUUGUCUUGGGAAUUCUGAAUUUGACAUUAUCAUAUUGGUUAUCAGUCUCA